UCGAUAUUCGGUAAAAAUUAUCGAUAAUCAGUUGAUGUACGACAAGUUAUUGGUAAGGUAAUCUGUGUGGGCGUUUUUUAAAUUCCAAUUAUUAAGCGUUUAUUAUUAUGCAGAAACGCGGAAGCCCUCAUUCUAAAGCAAGCCAGCAUGAAUAAAUGUUAAAAAUCUCAAAUUAUAUAGACACUGAUUUAAAAUGAAGCCGGGAUAUUUCAUGGAAUUAUCCUCACAAAUCGUCGCUGUAUCUCCAGUGUAAUUGUGAAAGACUACAGUGAUUUCCUUGACAGAAAGCUACUAUUUCAAUUACAUCGAUAUCAUAAAGCAUUGAGUGUUGGGCGAUAGGAUGUUAUAUAAGGGAUCUCGGGUUUCGCUAGGAAUCAGUAUGUCACUUUUUCUGGAAGGUACGCAGUGAUGGCGCACAAAUUCAUCUGCAGAAGAAAAUAAAAAUAUAGAAAUAUUUUACAAGAUAAUUGUAAGCGUCAUCUGGUGAAUUGUGGUCUACUCCUACACUGCUUUAUGGGAGGUAUAUACCCCCUGGAGGAUAAUUAAUUUUCGAGCUGAAUCAUUAGAUGUGGGCUCUGAUAAGUGUGAAUUUUAAUUUUCCGUGAUUUGGAUCUUUAUAAUCUGCUAACGCCUGCAUCCAUGUUCACCUGUGCAGGAAUAAAGAGAGAAUGGAUUCCAAUACAGAAGAAAAUUGGAUCCUUUUUACGGAUUUGUCAGUCACCAACGACACAAAUAUUUCGUUUGCUGCCAUGGGUUCAGAAUCAACUAACGGACUCAUGACAUUCGGCCAUUGGUUCACACGUAUCCAUGGCUACGCCAGCUUGUUCACGUGCAUCUUUGGGAUAUUUACGAACCUCUUCAAUAUUUCUAUUCUAACACGUAAAGAUAUGUGGAACCCCACUAAUUGCCUUCUGACGUGGCUCGCUGUUUCAGAUAUCCUGACUAUGAUUCCAUACAUUCCAUUUUCCCUCCACUUCUACUGCAUUCACAACUUUGAUGAAAUCUCUGAAGAAAAGUUUUCUCGUGGCUGGACAACGUACAUGCUUGUUCUUGUAAAUUUAGCAGCAACAACGCACACAAUUUCGAUAUGGCUUGGUGUCUCAUUGGCAGUAUUCAGGUUUACACAAUUACGGACCACAGCCAAGGGACCUUUAGCACGCAUGAGGAGCAUGCGUCAGGUCAAAUACACAACUGUGUUAGUUUAUAUUCUUUCUACAUUGUGCUUAAUCCCUAAUUACCUGACCAACGAAGUUGUGCAACAAAAAAUGGAUUCCAACAUAACAAUUUACGUCCUUAAUGACUUAAAAUUAGCCACCAAUGAAACAAAGCCGAUUGUGCUCGCUAACGUUCUCUCCUACGCCACUGUGGCCAAAUUCAUUCCAUGUGCACUCAUGAUUGUGUUCGGUGGGUCAUUGUUGUAUAGUCUCGGAAUUAAAGGAAGGCAUCGAAGGACUAGGCUCUCUGCCGGACAGCCGCCUACAAAACGAGGCACGAAGCAUUCUAAGACGACCAAAUUAUUGCUGGUUGUGAUUAUUCUAUUUUUGGUAACGGAAUUCCCUCAAGGUAUUGUGAUUUUUAUGAGUGCCAUUGUUCCAAACUUUUACAAAUCUGUGUAUGUGCCUUUGGGAGACUUUAUGGAUUUCCUUGCACUUGUGAACAAUGCCAUCAAUUUUGUUUUGUACUGUAGCAUGAGUAACCAAUUUCGGUCUCGAUUUUUGGAGAUGUACUGUAACAAAAGACGUGGCUUUAAGUACACCAAUAAGUUUAGUUUUACGUAUUCUUUAUCGUCAUUUACAAAAGCAACUGUUGUUGAUUCCUUAAAGAGAUGAAAGAGGGUGAUAAAAUGUUUUCCUGCCCAAAAAUGUAAAAUUUAUUUUGU